AUGCCGAUCGUCGCCUCCGCCGCCCCCUCCGCGCCGCGCUCGGUCCCUCGACGCCGCACCCUCGACUCCGACUCGACGCCGGGCACGCCGCCCCCUAGCCUCGACGCCCCUUCGACGCCGCCCCCUAGACGCUGCCCCGCCUCGAGUCGCCCGCGGCCGAACCGCUACGCGCCGCCGCCCUUCCCCUGCGCGCCGCCAUGUGCCUCGACGCCGCUGCCCCCGACCCCACCCCUGCGCGCCGCCGGCCGGCUCCACCUUCAACAUCGUCGCGCCGUCCCCGACGCUGCCUCCUCGACCCGCCGGCCUGCCUCGACGUCGCCGCGCCGCCUCCUCGACCUGCCGGCCCCCCUCGACUCCGACGCCGCGCUCUACGUCGUGCCCGACGUGGUAUGGGCGCGGCCGCCGGCCUUUUUUCUAUAG